UCUUACAAAAUUGGUGUCUCAAGGGAAUGGCUGUUUUCCCAUCGAUGCCGUUGCUUCCAGUGCUGCUGCUAGCUCUGUUCCACACCACGGUGAAAGGACAGCGAGACCCAGAAGUGUUCUGUGGAGCUUGUAAGGCCCUUGCAGACGAGCUGACAUACGACAUAAAGAAAAUAGGUCCAACGAGGACUGUGAAUUCAGGGACAUUUCGACUCAACCCUGACGGCACACGAGGGAAGAAAAAGAUUCCUUUUGCAAAAUCAGAGACCUUCUUAACAGACAUUUUGGAAAACAUAUGCGAUCGGAUGAACGAUUAUCAACUUCAGGACGAUCCGGUAACUAAAGAAAAGAUAUUCAAGAGAUAUGCUCCCAGGAAGGACGAAGAGAUCUAUGAAACAUAUAAGAAAUACUUUUUUUAUUCUGAUGCUUACAAGCCCUUGAAAUAUGCGUGUGAAACUAUCAUAGAACAGUAUGAAGAUGAAAUAUUCUCACUUAUCGCCCAGGAGGCAGACUUUCUGGCUGACAAGCUGUGCAUUGAAAAAUCAGGUCUUUGCAAAAAGCCUGAAGAAAAAGAGCACAGUGAACUCUAGAAAAACAGCCAGCUGCUAUAAUUACAGAUGAAGAACAUCAACUGGAACAUCCCUAUAGACUCCGCCUUCCAUCAGCCUUUAUCUUUGCUUGCUUUAAAAAUGGUUUUACCUAGACUGAGAUACUAAAAUUGUUAUCUGGACUGGGACUUCCUUAAAUACCAUGGGCAAUGGUGAAAAUUCUUCGAACUAUAAGGCAGUUGCAUCAGUCAUACUCAUUUUUGAAGAGCCAAGUG